AAAUAUAAUUUUGAAUGAAUUUUUAUGGAACCUUCAUGUUUCUAUUAAAAUAUUUCUAUAAAUUGAUUUUUUCUCUAGUAUUGAUUUCUGAAAAAGCAUAGAAUCAAAAGAAAACCAUAGGGGGUGUAAAAUAGGGAGUGCCAAAUGAAGGUAUUCAUUAAUAACCACACCCAUUCAUCUAACACUAAUAUAAUAUAAAAUUGUAUUGCUCUUAAUGCUUCAGUCAUAAGAAUUCUUUCAGAGUGAAUACCUAUAGCAUGUGUACAAAAGUAUUCUAUGGAAUACAAUAAUAAUUGUUUAUAAAUGACAUGCAUUUCCAUUCAUAACAUAUAUUUUGAUAAUAUUCUAUUAAAGAUUUUAGUUUCGUUAAAGUAUAUACUUAUAUAAUUUAUGAAAAUGGAGAUGAACCAGACCACUGUCGGAUCAGUUUUAUUAUCAUCAUCCAGUAUUUCGCCAUGUUCUGCAAAUGAAAUUGCUAUAAGUCCAGGUGACUGUGUCGAAAGUGGUGUUGAAGAAUGGCUUGAGGAUGAAACUUUAGCAGGAUUUCGCGUUUGGCAAUUGGCAGGAAUAAUUUUAUCUAUUUUACUUAGCAUAAUAAUUGGAUUAUGCUGUUGUAUUCGAUUCAGGAUACCAAGAACAAAACAAGAGAUAGAAGCAGAUUAUAUUCGAAAGAAAAUAACAAAAAAUUUUAGAAAGGAAUUAUCUAAAAUAAAUAAUUCAGAUAUGGAUGAGAUGAAUUUACAAAAAGCAUUAGAAAAAAUACGUAAUGAAUUUGAUGCACAAGCAUAUCAAUUGCAAAAAGAGCAUGAAAAAAUUGCAAAUAACAGACCUCAACAAAUUGCACAAAAACGGAUUAAUACUAUAUUUACUGGUAUGCGUGACCAUCUUAAUAAAUGAAAGUGCAUCAAUAGUGAUAACAUAAUUUAAAAUUUCUAAUAUAAGUGACAUUAUAAUGUAUAUUUUACGAUACCUUUUUCGAUUAUUUGUUUAUUUUACUGAAGAAAAAUAAGCUUAUUUUUAUGAGAAAAAUAUCAAUUUUAAUAUAAAAUAAAUACUCAGAAAGUGCAAUAUAUUAUUUCAGAGUGAACAAGCUAACUCCAAUAAAAAUAAGUUGACUAAAUAUAAGCUUUAUUUUAUAGAUAUAGUACAGAAAUUAUAUUACUUCGCAUGCAACAGUAAUUUGUAGUCACGAAUUAUGUAGUUCAGACCACUCAAUGAUACUAUGAUGUAUAUUAUCUACAAUAAUAUGUGUAUAUAUUUAACAUUAUUAUAUUAUUAAUUGGCUGCUUUCAUUACAAAAGUAAAUCUAUUUAAAUUUUUAAAAGUAAAAUCAUUUUAUAUGCGCUAUAUAUAUAGCCAUAAAUAAAUUUUAUUUAAAAGGCGAAGUGAUCACAGUAAGUAUUAUAAGUCAUAUAUAUAUUUCCAUUAUGAUUGUUAAUACAUUUAUUUUGUCCAAUUCUGCAAGUAAUGUUCAAAUGUAUUUAUAAUCUCUAUUUCACUAUCUCAUAACUAAUUGAAUAUUUUUCGUGCAUUGAGAGAAAGAUUUGAAAAAAGAUUAGAAUUUUAUACAGGAUAAUUUUAUAGGGAUAUCUAAAAAUUCACAAGCAUAUAUUAUGCAUCACAAUUAAAAGAAAAGUUCUAGAUUUAUAAUAACUGCGGGAAUACAUAGAACACGUAUGUUCUAAUAGAUUUAGAAAUUAGUAAUUAGUAAUUAAUUAUACGGUAUAUUCAUUUUGAACUCUUGACUUUUCAUUAGGACUUUUGUCUUAGUUUUGAUGUGUAAAAUAUACCAAUAAAUUUGUUAACAUUCCUUUAGAAUUAUUCUAUAUAAUUUUAUUAAGAAUAUCCAGAUUUUAUCAUAAUUAUUAUUAGCUGUAUUUUUUAUAAAGCUUCCUUGUGAAAAAAUACAUAAAAAUAGAUGCUAAUAUUUCAUUAAAAUAAAAAAUACAACAAAAUACAAACUCAUAAAUUAUUUAUUAAUUACAAGUUAUAAAACAAACAGUUUAAAAAACGAAUUGGGUCGAAAUAUCUUUUGUAUCUGCAUUUAUAUUAACUGCAAUAAUAUUGUAGAACUAGGUGAAAAGAAAACUAACACAUUAACUGAUAUUGUACUCUAUUAAGUAGAUAGUACUUUCAAAUUAUAUCAAAAUAAUAAGCAGAUCACGAUUUUACAUUUUUUUUCCCUUUACAUGCAUUUAAUAUAUUUUUCGAAAUAAAGAAUCAUGAUUUAUUAAAUGUUUCAUCAUUUUUCGCAGGGUUAUGAACAUACUAUAAAUAGGGCAAAAGAAUUAUAAUCAUAUACACAGGAAUGACUGUCGUAAAAUUUGAACUAUUUUUAACUAGCUAAAUUUAAUAACGAAUUCAGUUUUAUUUCUUAAAUCAGUAGAACAUACGCCAGGAAUGACCAUAUUUUGCGAAGACAAUAUUGCAAUAGUUGCUCACGUGUGUUAAUUAAGUGAGCACACACAUUUUCUGUUUGAAUACAUUACAAUUAAAUUAUUACAAUAAAAAAUGGAACCGUUAAAUUAUUCAUUAAAAAUUUUAUAAAUAACUAUUUACAAAAAUAUAUACUUAAAGAAAAUUUAUAAAAUAAAUCACGUGACUUAUUAUAAUUAUCACAAAUCGAGCAUUCCUGGUAUAUCAGAAUCGGCGUAAAGCAUAUCAGAGAUAUAUCGAUGUAAUUCUUAAAUUUGUACACUAUUAUAUACUGUUUAUUUUCUUUUUUAUUUUUGCUAAUAUGAUAUCUUACUUUGAUAUCAUCUCUUAGACAUAUUUGUUUAGAAAUAUAACUAUCGUAAUAUUUUUAUUAAAAAAUUGAUUGCGAACAAUGAAUGGAAAGUAAGAUGAUCUUUUGAUUACAACGCGAGUCUGUGAAAGAAAAAAAAAAUUAUGCCAAGAUUCUACUUACGGUAUCAUUCGUACUUUUGAUUAACACAACGAGAAGGGAGGGAAAGAGUUUCACAAAGAUCAUUGUAACAAAUCUUUUUCUUUCUCUCUCCGUACGUUGUGAAUUUUUCUUUUUCUUUUUUUUUUUUUUUUUUUUUUUAUUUUUUUUUAU